AUGGAUGAACUCAUAGGCAUCUUAUCUGAUUUAUGUGAUUCGCUCAGCACACACCAUCUAGUGAAUAUACAACUUGCUGAUGAGAAAUCGGGAAGGGAGAUCCAAACGUCCAGUUCAGCGGAGCGGCGUAAGAGUACACAUUCGGAGUUCCCGAUGAAAGGAGACCGUACUCGUUACGACCACCUUAAAGAAAGAAAAGAAAAGGUGGUUGUUGAAGUCAGAGUUGUCUUCCUGAAGAUUGGGGAAAUCGAUACACUAAAGGAGUAUUACCAUGCUGACGCCUUCCUUCAAGCAAAAUGGAGAGAACCAAAAUUGGACGGAAAAAGUCAAGAGUUCCUAAGUUCGACUGAUCUGGAUCAAUACUGGAAUCCCCUAUGUUAUGUUGAUAACAUACUUUCGGAAACAAAGGAGGUUCGUUGGCUUUCGACGCAGGUAACACCCCGUGGUGAAGUCUUCAUCGUCGACCGUAGGCGAGUGAGAGGGGUGUUCUUGGAGACGCUGGAACUUAACGACUUUCCCCUUGACGUCCAGGUAAUGCAGCUAGACAUUAAGUCUCUCAAAAUGUUUGCAAGCCUAAGUCUUAACCUCGCAGAUUUUCUGAUUGCACUUUGUUGCCACUUUUCAGGAUAG